GGGUUCAACGAUAUAGAAUUGUUUAUACAAUUAGUAGUAGUCCUGAAAUAACAUAUGUAUUCUAUUAAUGUAUGAGAAAUUCUAACCCGAAUCUGACUUUAUGAUUGGUUUGAUUCGAUCAAACUUGAUCCAGACAUUUCUGUAUGUAUUUAUGGCUGAGAACCGCAUCUGCCUGAUCAUUAAAAUGUGCCUGCGUUGCAUGUAAACACUUACAUAGCAAGAGAAACCCAAUACUAGCAAGCAGUUCUUUCCAAAAACAGUGAAGCAAUGGAGGAGGUGAAGAACAAGUUUGUAUGCAUCAAGCAUCACAUAAAUGGAUCACCAGAUGAGUCCGACUUCGAGAUCAAGACUGAAACGAUUAGUUCGUGUGUGAGAAGCAAAGAGGUGCUUGUUAAGAACCUGUACGUGUCCGUCGAUCCUUACCAGCUCAAUCGUAUGAAGAGCUACUGCUCCUCUCAGGCAGCCAUAAGUUUCGCCACCGCCGUCACUCCCGGACACGGAAUUGAUGCGUACGGCGUAGGACGGGUGGUGGCGUCGGGGCGGGCGGAGUUGGCGAAGGAUGAGCUGGUAGUUGGGUUGCUGACCUGGGGAGAGUACAGUAUCAUAGAAGAAGGCAGGUUAUUGAACAAGCUGGAUCCCAUGGGCUUGCCUUUGCCUGCCUAUGUCGGGGCUCUUGGAUUUAGUGGACUUUCAGCGUAUGGAGGGUUCUUUGAAAUAUGCAAGCCAAAAAAGGGAGAAAGUGUUUUUGUAUCUGCAGCGUCUGGAUCUGUAGGAAGUUUAGUUGGACAAUACGCUAAGCUUUUUGGUUGCCAUGUCGUUGGCUGUGCUGGUACCCAAAAUAAGGUUGAUUUGCUGAAGGAAAAACUUGGUUUUGAUGAUGCAUUCAACUACAAGAAUGAGAGCAAUCUAAAGUCAGCUCUGAAAAGGUACUUCCCCCAGGGCAUCGACAUAUACUUUGAUAAUGUGGGAGGAGAGAUGCUGGAAGCAGCGGUGUCUAACAUGAACUCGUUCGGUAGGGUGGCGGUGUGUGGCGCCAUCUCUGAGUACACCGGCAACCAAAAGAGAGCAGCGCUGGAGAUGCUGGACGUGGUGUACAAGAGGAUCACCAUUCAGGGAUUUCUGGCUGCUGAUUACCUCAAAUGCUACGCAGAAUUUAUCUCGACCAUGACUGACCUCCUCCGCUCCAGCAAAAUGCAGGCACUUUGUGACAUCUCGCACGGUGUGGAGAGUGUGCCUUGCGCGUUCGUAGGCCUCUUUCGUGGUGAUAACAUCGGGAAAACGAUUGUGCAAAUUGCUGAUGAAUGAGAAACCGGCUGCAAUAGACUUUUCAUAAAGGCAAUUGCUAGGGAAGUUAAGUUGUACCAUCCAGUCUAUUGUAUUUCUUCUUUCUCCAAUCGUCUUCCUUCCAAGAACGCACUUAGCCAUUUUCACCA